AGUAGGGGAGGUUAAGACAAGCGCGGCAGGUGCUGAAAGCCCCUAUUUAUGGCAUGUACUUAUUAACUCGGUGAUUAUGAGGCAACGCUCAUGUGAAACCAAGUAAAACUUGCCUUUCUUUUGGAAAAAUUGAAUGAUAGAGAACCUGCAGGGGAGCAUGAUGACUCACCUGGACACAGAGUUUGGUGGGAAGGGCAGCAGCACCAUCAAGGAAUGGAGUGGACAGGUCCAGCCUGUUCUGGUUGCUUCCUUUCUGUUUCUCUUCUGUCUGGAAGCCUGUCUGUGGGUCAGAAACCUCAGGCUCAAGAGAAGACUGCCCGGACCCUUUGCCUGGCCUGUGGUGGGCAAUGCCAUGCAGCUGGGCCAAAUGCCACACAUCACCUUCGCCAAGCUUGCAAAGAAGUACGGUAACGUGUAUCAGAUACGGCUAGGUUGUAGCGAUAUUGUGGUUCUCAAUGGAGACCGGGCGAUACGUCAGGCUCUGGUACAGCACAGCACAGAGUUUGCAGGCAGACCCAACUUUGCAUCUUUUCAGUCAGUCUCAGGUGGGAACAGUAUGACUUUCUCUAAUUACAGCAAAGAGUGGAGGACGCACAGAAAAAUUAUCCAGUCAACGAUCAGGGCCUUCUCAUCCGCCAACAGUCAGACCAAGAAAGCCUUUGAGCAGCACAUUGUGGCUGAGGCCAUUGAACUCGUCGAAACCUUUCGCAGACUCGGCGCUCACGGCCAGUAUUUCACACCUGCUCAUGAGCUGACAGUAGCGGCCGCUAAUGUGAUUUGUGCCUUGUGCUUUGGAAAACGUUACGGACACGACGAUGUUGAGUUUAGAGAUUUGCUGGGAAGGCUACACAAGUUUGGAGAGACAGUAGGGGCUGGCAGCUUGGUGGAUGUCAUGCCCUGGCUUCAAUCCUUCCCCAAUCCGGUCCGAAGUCUCUUCAAGACCUUCAAAGACCUGAAUCGUGAGUUCUUUUGCUUUGUCAGGAACAAGGUGGAGGAGCACAGAGAGACCUUCGACCCAGAGGUGACACGGGACAUGAGCGAUGCUGUCAUCGGGUCGAUCGACAAGGCUGACAGUGACACUGGACUGACUGAAGCCCAUACAGAAGGCACAGUGUCAGAUCUGAUUGGAGCAGGCCUGGACACCGUCUCCACCGCACUUCAUUGGAUGCUUUUACUGCUGGCUAAACAUCCUGACAUCCAAACCAAACUGCAAGAGCUUAUAGACAAAGUUGUAGGGCGGGACAGACUGCCAUCGAUCGAGGACAGGGGCAGUUUGGCUCUCCUAGAUGCCUUCAUUUAUGAGACCAUGCGCUUCACUAGCUUUGUCCCUGUCACCAUCCCCCAUUCCACCACCUCGGAUGUCACUAUCGAAGGUCUCCACAUCCCCAAAGACACAGUGGUCUUCAUCAAUCAGUGGUCAGUCAACCAUGAUCCUCUAAAAUGGAAGGACCCGCACAUCUUUGACCCGUCACGCUUCCUGGAUGAAAAUGGUUCUGUAAACAAGGAUCUUACCAAUAACGUCAUGAUCUUUUCUGCAGGGAAGAGACGUUGCAUUGGGAACCAGGUUGCCAAGGUGGAGAUCUUUCUGUUUUUUUCUAUUCUACUUCACCAGUGCAGCUUUGAGAAGAAUCCCAAUCAGGACCUGUCUUUAAACUGCUCAUAUGGUUUAACACUAAAGCCUUUGGACUACAAAAUAUCUGCCAAAUUAAGAGGAGAAUAAAUUAUGGGCCUUUGACUUGACGUGCAUUCUCACAAUACGUUUUGCUACUGCAGAGUCGUACGUAGUAACCCAGUGAACUAUGAGGUAUGUACUCAAAGUAGAGGUUUAUACCUUUUGCAUCAUGCUAAUGCUUUUUAUAAUCAAUUCCUUCUUUGUGGCUGCUGUUAGCUACCGAUUAAUGUUUUCCUUUAAUUGACUGCACAAUCAUUUCAACUCAUAAAAUCGUCUGCAGUUCCUGUGUAAAAAACUAAGCACCCCAUGACUUCUAUGUGAUAAUCGAAAUUGUCUGAGUCAUAUCACGAAAUGUCGGAGCAAUUUCACAUUGUGAAAAUUUUGCAGCAGACGAAUCCAAUCAGCCCAGUGAGAGACCGAGAAAAUCCAAACACAACUGUAUAGACUGCACCAUGUCAUAUAUAAAAAGAAAUGCAGUAAACUGUCAUGCGGUAGAACAAACCCACAGUUUAUGAUAUCCAAAAGUAUUGUUGUUUACUUUGAGGGCAUAUAAGGCAUAUAAACAGAUGGUCAGGAAUUUUAAUUCACUUUUUUUUUGCUAAUGGUUUGGAUUCAUAAGUUGUUUUGCCCCAGUGAAAUAAGUUGCACAAUCACUUAUCCCACUCUUCACAUGCAUGUAUGAAUUAUUAUUUUUUGUGUUGAAUAGAUUUGAAAUAUUCCUCAUCCAUAUUCAGGGACUGAAAUUAUUAUACUGCAUAAAAAUGUGCUAUCAGUGAAUACAAUUUACCUUCACUGUGCUAUUAAUCCUACAUGAUGAGCUUGAUUACAGGUAAUAUACGGUCAUAUGUUACACAUAUGCAAAUGCUAUGGGGAUAUUACUUCAGACGCAUUUCACUGUAAAACUCGAUGAAUUAUCAGCUAUUUUGUUAUAUUUCCUUAGCUCCUUUAAUAAUGCAAAACCCUUUGCUUUGCAUUAUUAAAACAUUUGUUGUGUACUUGAAAAAUGAGCACUGGAGAUCAUAUAUGUACAUGCAUGAACCAACUGCUCAAAUAAAAUAUAUCCCAACAAAAAAAUAAAAUAAUGCAAAACCUAAAACACUUGAUAAAGCAACCCGCAUUGUGCCGAUGUACAUGUUGUAAAGGACAUCUAUUACAAGAUCCUUGAUAAAUAUACUAUGCAAUGUACAGUUUGACCUAAGCCCUGGAAAUACAAUAAACAUUUCAUAUUGAUAAA